GCUUACAUUGAACACCUUACUCGUCUUCCCGUUACCUGUCUUAUUGCUGGUACCUACAUGCAUAUGGCAAGCGAAAUUUCUCUUGUUACUAGUAUUGGAAAAGUCGAGAGUUUGCGUGCUCAUAUUGUGCUAAAGCUUCCCUUCCUUUUACAAAAUGAUGUCCUGCGGAACCUUGAUACUGUAAUCAACCUAACAGAUGUUACACAUAAAACUCGUGAAUGCUUGGGAUAUAUACUCAGAGGACGACCUAGAAACUGUGCAUCUUUCGUUCGGAAAUUGAUAUCUGAGCGAGAAUUAAAAAAUAUGACGAAAGACCAAGAAAUUCGAGAGCUUAUUCACGGAUGGUUUGAAAGGAUGGCACUUGAUAUGGCAGUAUACCUGGAAGACGCAUGUAGUUUUUUGGGUGCAAAUAGUCUCAAUCCAGAAAUAGCAAUUUUGGAUGUUCUUAGGCUUCGUGUUUUUUACAAUCAUAAUUUCAAGCAAGCCAUAAAAUUACUCCAACACAGUAUUAUUCCCUGCCAGUCACCAGAAUGCAUCGUUCUCAGCCGUCAUAUCGUUUUUUCUGAUGUGAUCAAAUUUAACCCAUUACUUGAAUCUUACCUAGUCUCUGGAAUCGAAGUUUAUUUUCUUAAAAAAGGGAAAACUUUAGUAGAUAUCUUUGUUGACAACAUUUCCCGGUUCAAUAAUAUUUCUUCAAUUGGUAAUGAAUUUGAUGCAGUCUUUAUUACGUCGAUUAUCCAGAAACGUGGAUGUAAUGUACGAAAAGAGCUUAACAAGUGGAAAAAUGGACAAGAUUUCAACCUUCCUUCAUGGAUCACUCCCACUAUGAAGUUUAUGACAAUUUCAAAUCUGUCAGGAGGGAUUCCUAUUGCAAAAUAUGUUGGUAAUAUGACUCAUUAUCGUUCUUAUGCAAUUCAACCAGACAUAUACUCGGGAUCGGACGUGGUGAUCUCUUUAGCAGAUGAUGAGCAAAAUGUGGUACUAUUAUCGACAAGCUGUACAGUUUCUGGGGAACCCAUUAAACGAA